CGUCCCUGAAAAUCUUCAGCAAGUGAAUUUUCAACUGUUACCUGCUAUCAUUUCAAUUUUACUAUCUGAAUUGAGUGUUUUAUCUAAUAAUGUAUGAUUUAGAAGACGACAAUUAUGGAGACGAAGAUUCGGGUGAAAUCAGUAGCGAAUUGUGGCAAGAAGCCUGCUGGAUUGUCAUCAACGCUUACUUCGACGAGAAAGGUUUGGUGCGGCAACAGCUUGACUCCUUCGAUGAAUUCAUUCAGAUGUCAGUCCAACGUAUCGUGGAAGAUUCGCCUCAGAUCGAUCUCCAAGCAGAAGCCCAGCACACAAGUGGUGAAAUUGAAACACCACCUCGCUACUUACUAAAAUUUGAACAGAUUUAUCUAUCGAAACCGACUCAUUGGGAAAAGGAUGGGUCACCUUCCCCUAUGAUGCCAAAUGAGGCUCGGCUGAGGAAUUUGACUUACUCUGCGCCACUCUAUGUUGACAUCACUAAAACUGUCAUCAAAGAUGGUCAAGAGCCUGUCGUCACAGAGCAUGAAAAAUCUUUCAUUGGUAAAAUUCCAAUUAUGUUGCGUUCUACGUUUUGUCUUCUGAGCGGUUUGACAGAUCGUGAUCUUACAGAAUUAAACGAGUGCCCCUUGGAUCCUGGUGGCUAUUUUAUUAUCAACGGCUCAGAAAAGGUCCUAAUCGCUCAAGAAAAGAUGGCCACCAACACUGUGUACGUUUUCAGCAUGAAAGAUGGAAAAUACGCGUAUAAGGCGGAAAUCCGGUCAUGUUUGGAGCACUCUUCACGUCCGACUUCCACGCUUUGGGUCAACAUGAUGGCAAGAGGAGGUCAAAGUAUUAAAAAAUCAGCAAUCGGUCAACGUAUCAUCGCCAUCCUCCCCUAUAUUAAGCAGGAGAUUCCGAUCAUGAUCGUUUUCCGAGCUUUAGGUUUUGUGGCCGAUCGAGAUAUCCUUGAACACAUUAUCUACGACUUCGAUGACCCAGAAAUGAUGGAAAUGGUAAAACCAUCGUUAGACGAAGCCUUCGUAAUUCAGGAGCAGAACGUUGCGCUCAAUUUCAUCGGAGCCCGUGGAGCGAGACCUGGUGUGACCAAAGACAAGAGAAUAAAAUAUGCUAGGGAAAUUCUGCAGAAGGAAAUGUUGCCUCAUGUUGGAGUGUCUGACUUUUGUGAGACAAAGAAAGCCUACUUCCUUGGUUACAUGGUUCAUAGGCUGUUGUUGGCUGCACUUGGACGUCGAGAGUUGGAUGAUCGUGAUCACUACGGGAACAAACGUCUAGAUCUUGCCGGACCACUGCUUGCAUUUUUAUUCAGAGGAUUAUUCAAGAACUUAAUGAAAGAGGUGAGAAUGUAUGCACAGAAAUUCAUCGACCGGGGAAAAGACUUCAACAUGGAGCUAGCAAUCAAGACGAAGAUAAUCACAGAUGGACUCCGUUAUUCCUUGGCCACAGGAAAUUGGGGAGAUCAGAAGAAAGCUCAUCAAGCAAGAGCUGGUGUAUCCCAGGUGUUGAAUCGACUGACCUUUGCUUCAACCCUCUCACAUUUGCGGCGUGUCAACUCCCCAAUUGGUCGUGACGGCAAACUAGCCAAGCCUCGUCAGUUACACAACACACUGUGGGGUAUGAUCUGCCCUGCCGAAACACCAGAGGGUGCUGCUGUCGGCCUGGUAAAGAACCUUGCCCUUAUGGCCUAUAUCUCAGUCGGAUCUCAGCCGAGUCCUAUCCUAGAGUUUUUGGAAGAGUGGAGCAUGGAAAAUCUAGAAGAAAUCGCACCCUCAGCUAUUGCAGAUGCCACAAAAAUCUUCGUCAACGGCUGCUGGGUGGGCAUCCAUCGUGACCCAGAACAACUCAUGGGUACUCUCCGCAAGUUGAGACGUCAGAUGGACAUCAUUGUCAGUGAAGUAUCCAUCAUUCGAGAUAUCCGUGACCGUGAAAUCCGUAUCUACACUGAUGCAGGGCGAAUCUGUCGGCCUUUGUUGAUCGUUGAAAAUCAGACAUUGCUCCUGAAACGAAGCCAUGUGGAUAAUCUCAAACAGCGUGAUUACAAUAAUUACAAAUGGCAAGAACUGGUAUCUAGCGGUGUGGUAGAGUAUAUUGACACACUAGAAGAAGAAACGACCAUGAUUGCCAUGUCACCUGAAGAUUUACGACAAGACAAAGAAUAUGCUUACUGUACAACUUAUACACAUUGUGAGAUUCAUCCAGCUAUGAUCCUCGGAGUUUGUGCAUCCAUUAUUCCGUUCCCUGAUCACAACCAAAGUCCCAGGAAUACUUACCAGAGUGCUAUGGGUAAACAAGCCAUGGGUGUUUAUAUUACAAAUUAUCACGUUCGGAUGGACACUCUAGCUCAUGUACUCUACUAUCCUCAUAAACCAUUGGUAACAACAAGGUCUAUGGAGUACCUGCGGUUCCGAGAACUUCCAGCUGGAAUCAACUCCAUCGUAGCUAUCCUGUGUUAUACCGGUUACAACCAAGAAGAUUCUGUCAUCUUGAACGCCUCUGCUGUAGAAAGAGGAUUCUUCAGGUCUGUGUUCUUCCGUUCUUACAAAGACUCAGAAUCAAAGAGAAUCGGAGACCAGGAAGAGCAGUUUGAGAAACCAAACAGGUCAACUUGUCAAGGAAUGCGUAAUGCAAUUUACGAUAAAUUAGAUGAUGAUGGAAUAAUUGCACCUGGUUUAAGAGUUUCUGGUGACGAUGUUGUUAUCGGAAAGACCAUCACUCUGCCUGAAAAUGAUGACGAGCUUGAAGGCACAACAAAGCGAUACUCAAAGAGAGAUGCCAGCACAUUCUUGCGCAACAGUGAAACAGGGAUUGUUGAUCAAGUCAUGUUGACGCUAAACAGUGAGGGAUACAAGUUUUGUAAAAUUCGAGUACGUUCUGUUCGUAUCCCCCAGAUUGGUGACAAGUUUGCCUCGAGGCACGGUCAAAAAGGUACCUGUGGUAUUCAAUAUCGUCAAGAGGAUAUGCCGUUUACCUGCGAAGGUCUUGCUCCAGACAUCAUCAUUAACCCUCACGCCAUCCCCUCCCGUAUGACAAUUGGUCACUUGAUCGAGUGCCUUCAAGGCAAGGUCUCCUCAAACAAAGGUGAGAUUGGUGACGCAACACCAUUCAACGAUGCUGUGAAUGUGCAGAAAAUCUCAACGCUCCUCCAAGAGUACGGUUACCAGCUCCGAGGCAAUGAGGUCAUGUACAACGGCCAUUCAGGUCGCAAAAUCAAUGCCCAGGUCUUUUUAGGACCAACCUAUUAUCAGCGUUUGAAGCACAUGGUGGACGACAAAAUUCACUCGAGAGCAAGAGGACCCGUUCAGAUAUUGGUCCGUCAACCCAUGGAGGGAAGAGCAAGGGAUGGAGGUCUGCGUUUCGGUGAGAUGGAACGAGAUUGUCAGAUCUCUCACGGUGCUGCCCAGUUUCUACGGGAGCGUUUGUUCGAAGUAUCCGAUCCGUACAGAAUCCACGUUUGCAACUACUGCGGCUUGAUUGCCAUAGCUAAUCUGAGAAAUAACACGUUUGAGUGCAAAGGCUGUAAGAAUAAGACGCAAAUUUCUCAAGUAAGACUGCCCUAUGCUGCGAAGCUGUUGUUCCAGGAACUGAUGGCUAUGAAUAUUGCACCUCGUUUGAUGGUUGUAUCCUAAGUGUUAUUUCAAUUUAUUUUAAGAGCGCUCAUGUCACUGUGUGUAAAUACUCUACUCUGUGAUUCCUAACCUGUAAUUGAGGUGGAACCCUAGUUGUAAUUUUUGUGAGAAUCAUUUAAUUUAAUUAGUGUUUUUAUCAGGGCACCAAAGUCAGGAAAAAUCUUUUAGGUUUUUACAAAUAAAGGUUGAAAAUUGGAGAAAAACAUGCGGACAGAGCAUUUAGGCAACACUCAAAAGUUCAAAAAGAUUUUACUAAUGUUUUUCAUUUAGCUGGUAUCGUCAAAAAUAGGGAUUCUCCUUUACAUAGGUCAAAAAAGUCCAGAACAAUCAUGGGAUUCCUUUUUUCUAAAUUUUCCUUUUCAUUUUACAUAAUGUCUCAUUCCAUCUCUCAAAAUUUUUGAUUUCAUGUCUCCAAAUGUCUGAUGCCAUGUCUCCAAUUGUCAAGUUUUCUGAAUGUCUAGUUCCAUUUCUCUAAGUGUUUAACACUGCAAUUGCAUUGCAGUGUUAAAAUAAUUGCCGUAGGUAUCUGAUUUUAAAAAAAUUGUAAAUUGAUGAAUUAAGAUAUCUGAUUAUAAAAAAAUCGGUAAAUUGAUAAAUAAAGGUAUCUGAUCAUAAAAAAUUGGUAAAUUGAUGAAUCAAGUAAUUUAGCACAAUUGCAAUUCUGAGAAAAUAAUUUUCCUAUAGAAUAACUCAAAACAUUUUUUUUUACUAUUGACUUGUAAAUAUGAACA